GGAUGAUUCAGCAGGGUCACUGAUAACAUCUUCCAUUUGUUUCCAUAGCAUAAACUUCAAUGAACUGUUGGGGCUGGUUACUGAUGGGAGGAUUGCAUGGGUGAUAGAUCAGAAUAAGGAUAUUUCUUUAAUUGGAUACUGAGAGCCCCUCUUCUUACACGUCUGCACCCCAAAUCAGUUGAGGAAACAACAGCUGGUGGUGGAUCAAGGUUCUCACCUCUCUCACAGGAUCUGACUUGUUGAGGUACCACUUUAUUAUGGAUGGUGUGACCCAGAAAUCCCUCUUCACAUCUUUGAAGAAAAUCACUAGCUGUGUAGCUGAAUCCAGACCUGAUGUCUGGGCUGAUCCCAGAACCAAGCAGUGGUCGAAGGGUCAAAGGACUGAGGCUCAUGACCCCGCUGUGCUGAGGGCGUACCAGGCCGAGCUGGACAGAGAGAAGAAGUUACGUGAAGCAAGGAACGCUCAGAAGAACGCUGAGAGAGCAGCCAUGAGAAUGCACUACAGAAGAAAGUACCAACUCCCUACAAAUGCCAAGGACCUCAGGCAGGUGCAAGCUGUUGGCAGCAAGGUGGUUCUCCCUUGCAACCUGGCCAAACUGGUACAGACUGAUAUUUCAGAGAGAAAAAAGAGAUCUGAUUUACUAAGUGUGUUUAAAAACCUGAACUUCAAUGAGACAAGCACACACAACACUCACACAACACGCACCCACCCACAUACAAACUCUCAGUCUGAUAAAACUGCAGCAUGCAAAGUAAUGUAAUAUAACAACAAGCUCAUGGUCAGAUGUCCACAUACUUUUGGCCAUAUAGUCGAUCAUCUAAAUCUAUAAACUGCAGUUAUACGAAGAUCCUGAUGUCAUCAUGCUAAAAGUUCUAUUAAAAGAUGCUCAGAUGUGUUCAUAAAGAGAAGCACAUGUUUAGUAACAGUUAUCAAAGAGGCUGUGGCAUUCAAACUACUAUUCACUAUGUGUUCCUCAACUGAACUGUUCAUACUGUUUAUUUUGCACAUCUGUAGAAAAAAUCAAGACUCAUAAGGCCAGGCAACAUUCCAGUCUUCACGUGUCCAGUUUUGGUGAACCUAUGCCACUACAGUAGCCUCAGAUCCCUGUUCUUAUCUAACAGUCCUGGAUUCCUGGAACACUUGUGCUGUUGUGCACUUGUACUGCUUUGUGAGAUACUUUUCUUCUCACUGUGGUUGUCAGCUCAAACCAAACUGUGUUUUCUCAUCUGACCCCUUUACUGCCACUUACCAGAGACUGUUGUGAAAAAUUCACAAAAAAUCUGCAGCUUCAGACAAGCUCAAACCAGUGCCCCUGGAACCAACAACCAUGAAGCCACACUUAACAUGAUGAGAAGAUGAACUAAGGCUUCUGAUCCACGUCUCUAUAAUUUCAUACAUUGUUCUGCUGAUUGGAAAAUGACAUCAUCAAGCAGGUGUUCCUAAUAAAGUGAGCAAAUGAUGUUAAUGUAUGAGCGAGUGUUUGAUGGAGACUAUGCAGAUCUUCACUUGCCAUAUCAUUUCCUCUUAUUAUAGUGAAUAAGAACAUCAUUAACUGAUAUGAUGUAGCAGCAUCAAACAGCAUUACAAUUAAAAAUCUGUCAUCAUUUUGUCACUCAUUUUCAGUUUCAGCCAAGCACAAACAUUUUGUUUUACAAUACUUAAGAAAUUGAUGUGAAACUUCCUCUUGUCUUCAUCCAUGAAAUGUGCAGCUACAAUUUCACUUUGUA